AUGGGACACGUGAGACACGUGGCCUGGGUAUUGUGGGCACUUCUGCCGAUGAUAAUGGCGAGACAAUUCAACUAUCCGAGAGUAAAGUUCGAUUGUCGCCAUCAACUGCCAGCUCAGGACAGAUAUUCGUGGGAGAAACCGUAUUUAGAGAGCUAUCGGACGAUAGAUCCGCACGAUAUUGAAGAUCCCAAUGCUGGUGUCCUUCGUCAAGAAGACUACGCCGGCUACCAAUCAGGGGUCGCCACAAUGGACCUGACAGUCCUCCAGCCUCACCUAGACCCGGACAACGCGGCAGACAGCACAGGCGUGGAAACCAGCGCCGAAUCCCACGUGCAAGAUCCCCACAUCCCCGCCGCACCCCACGACGAAAAAACGAUAACAAUAGUGAGGAACGUAGCGGAUCCUUACCCAGUGGAGAAAAUAGUGCACUACCCAGUGGUGAAAAAGAUCCCCUACCCUGUCCAAAUCCCGGUGCCGGAGCCGUACCCCAUCGAGAAGCCGAUUCCGCACCCGGUCAAGGUCAUGAUCAAAGUCCCCGUGAAGAUCCCAAAGCCGAUUCCGGUUUACAAAGAGAUCCCCUACGCAGUUCAAGUCCCGAUCGAGCGACGAGUCCCCUACAAAGUCUACAUCCCGGAGCCAUUUCCAGUCGAGCGGAAGAUUCAUUACGAAGUGAAAGUACCUGUACCGGAGCCAUUUCCAGUCGAACGUAACAUACCAGUUGCUGUGAAGAUACCAAUCGCAGUGCCUCAACCAUUUCCAGUUGACAAAUUGGUCCAUUACCCGGUGGAGGUCAAGGUCGAUCGGCCCGUGGCUGUGCCAAUAUCAAAGCCCUACGCUGUACCAGUGGCCAAACCCGUGCCUUAUCCAGUUUACAAAACAAGAUAUGUACCGUACGAGGUCAAGGUUGACAGACCAGUUCCAGUACAAGUGAUCAAGCAUGUACCGUAUCCCGUUAAGGUGCCUGUUCCCCAGCCUUACCCCGUGGAAAAGGAAGUCCCUUAUCCCGUAUUCAAGAAGAUACCGUAUCCCGUUGAGAUUCCAGAGGAACGGCCGGUCCAUGUACCAAUCGAAAAACCCGUUCCCAUUCCAGUCCAAAAGAAAAAAGCACAAACUGCUGAUAAGAAGACUAGUCCAACUGGUGGCGUCACUCAAGCGAUCAUAGGAAAGGGAAAAGCAAUGUCGAGAAAUUACUUCGAAGCUAUGGCUGACGAUCCGGGGGCUGGUGAAAAAGCUGAUAACAGUGAUGAGGUGAAAGAGGGAGGUGCAGAUAUCACAGAUAGCAACUAG